AUGGUUGAUGAAGCUUACAACCUUAUAAAUUCGAUGAAGGUCAAACCAGAUGCAACUAUAUGGAGGACUCUGCUAGGAGCUUGUAGAAUUCAUCACCAAGCUGACCUAGGAGAACAAGUCAUUGAGCAUUUGAUUGAACUUAAAGCACAAGAAGCCGGAGAUUAUGUACUACUAUUGAAUAUUUAUUCAUCGCUUGGUGAUUGGGGUAAGGUAAUAAACGUGAGAAAAAUGAUGAAAGACAGGGGAAUCCAAACCAACGCUGCUUGUAGUACUAUUGAGUUCAGAGGAGAAAUACAUGAAUUCGUUGCAAAUGACUUUACGCAUCCAAGAAAGACUGAAAUUUACGAGAUGUUGUACGAGAUCAAUCAGCAACUGAGGAUUGCAGGAUACGUUGCUGAGACAAUGUUAGAGUUGCACAAUGUUGGUAUGGAAGAGAAGCAGAUUGCAUUAUCAUAUCACAGUGAGAAAUUGGCUAUUGCUUUUGGGGUUCUAUCAACUCCCACUGGCACGUCAAUUAGAGUUGCAAAAGACCUCCGGAUUUGUGAUGACUGCUAUAACUUUGCCAAGAUAUUGUCAGCAGUCUAUAGUCGGAAAGUUGUUAUUAGAGAUCGGAACCGCUUCCAUCAUUUCAGAGAAGGUCGAUGCUCGUGCAGUGACUAUUGGUAA